GCGGUGCCCCAGCGGGGGCCGCCUCGCGCGGGCCGGCGCGGCCGGACGCGGACCCCGCGGAGAUGACGGCGACCCCCGAAGGCCUCUUCCCCUCUGGGGAGGAUCUGGACUCCAGCCAGUUGCAGAUGGAACCCGAUGAGGUGGACACUCUGAGGGAGGGAGAGGACCCAGCCGACCGGAUGCACCCCUUUCUGGCCAUCUACAACAUUCAGCCUCUGAAAACACAUCCUUUGGUGUUUGCUCCCGGGGUCCCUGUCACGGCCCAGGUGGUGGGCACUGAAAGAUACACCAGUGGAUCUAAGGUGGGGACAUGCACUCUGUAUUCUGUCCGCUUAACGCAUGGCGACUUUACCUGGACAACCAAGAAGAAGUUUCGUCAUUUCCAGGAGCUGCACCGCGACCUCCUCAGACACAAAGUCUUGAUGAGUCUGCUCCCUUUGGCCCGCUUUGCCAUAGCCUACUCUCCAGACCGAGAUGCAGCCAACACAGAGAUUCCGUCUCUCCCCCGAGCAGGCCCCGAGGGCUCCACUAGGCAUGCAUCCAGCAAACAGAAAUACCUGGAAAAUUACCUCAACCGCCUCCUGACCAUGUCUUUCUACCGAAACUACCAUGCCAUGACAGAGUUCUUGGAAGUCAGUCAGCUGUCCUUUAUCCCAGACCUUGGCGCCAAAGGACUGGAGGGAGUGAUCAGAAAGCGCUCAGGCGGCCAUCGUGUUCCUGGCUUCACCUGCUGUGGCCGAGACCAAGUCUGUUAUCGCUGGUCCAAGAGGUGGCUGGUGGUGAAGGACUCCUUUCUGCUGUACAUGUGCCUCGAGACUGGUGCCAUCUCCUUCGUUCAGCUCUUCGACCCUGGGUUUGAGGUGCAGGUUGGAAAAAAGAGCACAGAGACACGAUAUGGGGUCCGGAUCGACACCUCUCACAGGUCCCUUAUUCUCAAAUGCAGCAGCUACCGGCAGGCACGAUGGUGGGGCCAAGAAAUCACUGAGCUGGCUCAGGGCCCCGGCAGAGACUUUAUACAGUUACACCAGCAUGACAGCUAUGCCCCACCUCGGCCCGGGACUCUGGCUCGAUGGUUUGUGAAUGGGGCAGGCUAUUUUGCUGCUGUGGCAGAUGCCAUCCUUCAAGCUCAAGAGGAGAUUUUCAUCACAGACUGGUGGUUGAGUCCUGAAAUAUACCUGAAGCGUCCAGCCCAUUCAGAUGACUGGAGACUCGACAUUAUGCUCAAAAAGAAGGCGGAGGAGGGUGUCCGGGUGUCAGUACUGCUGUUUAAGGAAGUGGAGUUGGCCUUGGGCAUCAAUAGUGGCUACAGCAAAAGGACCCUGAUGCUGCUGCACCCCAACAUAAAGGUGAUGCGUCACCCAGACCAGGUGACACUGUGGGCCCAUCAUGAGAAACUCCUAGUGGUAGACCAAGUAGUGGCCUUCUUAGGGGGGCUGGACCUCGCCUACGGCCGCUGGGAUGACCUACACUAUCGACUGACUGAUCUUGGGGAGUCUUCUGAAUCGGUUACCCCACAGCCUCCCACCUCCUGCCCAAACUCUGCAGCUACCUCAGACCUCUCUAACAACCGAUUGUUCUGGUUGGGCAAGGACUACAGCAAUCUUAUCACGAAGGACUGGGUGCAGCUGGACCGGCCUUUUGAAGAUUUUAUUGACAGGGAGACCAUGCCUCGGAUGCCAUGGCGGGACGUUGGAGUGGUUGUUCAUGGCCCCUCUGCCCGCGACCUUGCACGGCACUUUAUCCAGCGCUGGAACUUCACAAAGACUACCAAGGCCAAGUACAAGUCACCUGCAUACCCAUACAUGCUGCCCAAGUCCACCAGUACUGCAAACCAGCUUCCCUUCACUCUCCCGGGGGGGCAGUGUGCCACUGUGCAGGUCUUACGGUCAGUGGACCGCUGGUCAGCAGGGACUCUGGAGAACUCCAUCCUCAAUGCCUAUCUGCAUACCAUCCGGGAGAGCCAACACUUCCUUUACAUUGAGAAUCAGUUCUUCAUUAGUUGCUCCGAUGGGCGAACAGUUCUGAACAAGGUGGGCGAUGAAAUUGUGGACAGAAUCCUGAAGGCCCACAAACAGGGCCAGUGCUUCCGAGUCUACGUGCUUUUGCCCCUACUCCCUGGUUUUGAGGGUGAUAUCUCCACUGGUGGUGGCAACUCCAUCCAGGCUAUUCUGCACUUCACUUACAGAACCUUAUGUCGUGGGGAAUACUCAAUCCUACAUCGCCUCAAAGCAGCCAUGGGGACAGCGUGGCGAGACUAUAUUUCCAUCUGUGGGCUUCGUACACAUGGAGAGCUAGACGGGCACCCUAUCUCUGAGCUCAUCUAUAUCCACAGCAAGAUCCUCAUUGCAGAUGACAGGACAGUCAUCAUCGGUUCUGCAAACAUCAAUGACCGAAGCUUGCUGGGGAAGCGGGAUAGCGAGCUUGCUGUGCUGAUUGAGGACACAGAAAUGGAGCAGUCCCUCAUGGAUGGUGUGGAGUAUCAAGCGGGCAGAUUUGCCUUGAGUUUGAGGAAGCACUGUUUCAGCGUGAUUCUAGGGGCAGAUGCCCGGCCAGACUUGGAUCUUCGAGACCCUAUCUGUGAUGACUUCUUCCAACUGUGGCAAGACACAGCUGAGAAUAAUGCUAGUAUCUAUGAGCAGAUCUUUCGCUGCCUGCCAUCCAAUGCCACUCGCUCUCUCCGGACUCUCCGGGAAUACGUCGCAGUAGAGCCCCUGGCCACAGUGAGCCCUUCCUUGGCCCGAUCAGAGCUCACCCAGGUCCAAGGCCACCUGGUUCACUUCCCCCUCAAGUUCCUGGAGGAUGAGUCUUUGUUGCCUCCCCUGGGUAGUAAGGAGGGUGUGAUGCCUCUGGAAGUGUGGACAUAGCACUAGCCUCAGCUCAGGAGAGGUCACUAGCUGCUGGGUUUCACCGAGUCUGGCUCCCUGUCCCUAAGCCUAAGGACAGAGGGUAGAGGUCACUGAGAACCAGGAGACUGGAGAAGCACCCAUUCUCGAGAAGUAGUCAAAGAGGACAGUUCCAACCUUGGGCUUGGGGACAAGAGGGUUCCAGAGAUGCUCAUCUUCCUUGCUGCCUAGUUCCAACCACUACUACGAGAAGCAUCGAUGCUGCCAGGAUGUCUGCGCCACACCUGCGAUCCAGGAGGCACGAACUCUGCUCUGAGCCUUUCCAGCUCUCCCUCCCUCCUCUGCCCUUGAAUCCCUCCCUGCCCAAGUAUCUCUCCCAGCCCAUGGCUGCCAAGGUGGAGAGAAGGAUGAAGCCACUUCGGGCUCCUGACCCUAGAGGGGGGAGAGGAAGUGGGGGCUGGGAGGGGGCAGUGCACACUAAUUCUCCCCUGCAGCCUGCUGACAGACACUAACUUUAUAUCAAUUCAA